AAAAUAAACAAAAAGAAUUAAUCCACUUCCUGUUUGUAUAUUUUUAUUUAGUCAGCCGACAUCGACACACUUUGUAUGACCUUUUUCAACACUGGGCAUUGAUUUCACAGAUGAAAGGCUUCUGACAUGACAGAUAUGAAUCCAGAUGACUCCGCCUCAUUUUCCAGACCAGAUGAAUGCAGAGUAACCAGUCUACAUUUGAACCUAGAUGUGGACUUUGUCUCCAGGACGCUGUGUGGCUUUGUGGAUUUAGCAGUGAAGAGAAUGAAAGAUGGGGUCCAUAACUUAAUCCUAGACGCACAAAUGAUCACAGUUCAAAAAAUCUUAGAUGUAGAUUAUGGUCAGGAACUAAAGUUUACCUUAGGAGAAAACAGUGCCAUCUUUGGAUCCAAGCUAGAAGUGCAGCUUCCUGUCUCUGCGUCUAAAUGCAGCCACAAGAUUCGAGUGCAUUAUGAGACGUCCCCUCAGUGCCCCGCUCUUCAAUGGCUGAGGCCCGAACAGACAUUAGGGAAAAGGCACCCAUAUCUGUUUAGUCAAAGUCAGGCCAUUCAUGCCAGGAGCUUGUUUCCCUGUCAAGAUACCCCAGGGAAUAAGGUCUCUUACACAGCAAAGAUUACUGCUCCAAAAGAUAUAACCAUUCUGAUGAGUGCAAUAAGGUCAGAACCAGAGCCCCACCCAUCCGACGGUGGUAAACUUGUUUACCAGUUCGAACAGAAGUUUCCUGUUUGCACUUAUCUCAUUGCUAUUGUUGGGGGUGAUUUAGUGUCCAGUAUUAUUGGCCCGAGAUCCAAAGUGUGGACAGAGAGGGAAAUGAUAGAAGAAGCAGCUUAUGAGUUCUCAGAGACAGAGAAGACAUUGCAGAUUGCUGAGUCUUUAAUGGGCCCCUAUAUCUGGGGUCAGUACGAUGUACUUGUACUGCCGCCCAUCUUUCCGUUCGGUGGGAUGGAGAACCCCUGCUUGACUUAUGUGACUCCGACUUUAAUAGCCGGUGACAAAUCGUUAGUGGAUAUCUUAGCUCAUGAGAUCUGCCAUAGUUGGACAGGAAACCUAGUCACCAACAAAAACUGGGAGCACUUCUGGUUGAAUGAAGGUCACACUGAAUUUAUUGAGAGAAAGGUUACAGGGAGAUUACAUAAUAGCAACACUCUACCUCAAUUUAUGGCCGCAGGGAAAGCCGUGGAACUCAAGGAAAUAAUCGAAGAAGUAUUGAAAAAUGGCCCGUACACUCGGAUGAUCCCUGACCUAAAAGGUGUGGAUCCAAAUGACGCCUUCUGCAUCGUUCCCUAUGAGAAGGGCUUCACUCUGUUAUUUUACCUGGAGACUCUGCUUGGGGGUCCAGAGGUGUUUGAAAAAUUUCUUCGGGCUUACAUUGAGAAUUUCAAACAGCAGUCCAUUGAUACCAACCAGUGGAAAGAUUUCCUUUACUCCUAUUUCCACGAUAAGACAGAGGUGCUUGAUAGUGUGGAGUGGGAAAAGUGGUUCUACGGCCAGGGGAUGCCACCAGUGAUGCCAAAGUACGACGACAGUUUUUCAGUUCCCUGUAAACAGCUGUGUCAGAGAUGGUCGACCUCCGCAGAUAAUGACCUUGAUCAGUUUGACCCCAGUGACCUGACCUCAAUGGCCCCUUUACAAGUCGUGGAAUGUCUGGGUUUACUUGUGGAAGACCCUCCAUUGUCCCUCAUCAAAAUACAAAAAAUGAACGAGCUGUAUAAAUUGAAUGUUACAAAGAAUUCCGAAUUCAAAUUUAGGUGGCUGAGACUAUGUAUUAAGGCUCAAUGGAAGGAGUCCAUCCCUAAAGUCCUAGACUUUGUCAAUGAGCAGGGACGUAUGCGAUUAGUCCGAACACUUUAUAGAGAUCUAUAUGGGUGGGAAGAUGCCAGACCAACGGCCAUUGACAACUUCAAGAAACAGAGAGGAGAGAUGCACCACAUCCUAGAGACAAUGUUAUCCAGUGACCUUAAACUCGGCUAGAACACAGCAUUUGGUGCUGAGAAAGAUUGGGCACUAGAAGUUUGUAACCAAUGGAUAUGAUCCUUGGCUCAGUUGAUAAUCUAUACUACUAUAUUAAAAUAAUAGAUUCGAAUUUUUUAGCUUUAAUACCGAGAAAUCGGAAGAGUACUGUCAUUUGUUUUAUACAUUUUAAACAUUAUUAGCACUAGAAGAUUACCAAUUUGUUUUAAUUUUUUCUCAAUCAAGCUUCGCUAUUUAAUAAUCAACGAAAAUUCCUUUAAAAAAUCCGGAAAUCAUAUGGAUUUUUCGGAUUUUACAAUCUUGCGCAUGCGCAUUACAUUCACGCUAAAACACUGGAGGCUCUUUAGUUUUUGUUUCCAUUGUGGAAACAUUUGCAUGGAUAAACUCAAAAACGAUAUUACAAAUACGUGUAAAUUUUCAUUGCACAUUUGUCAUAUAUAUAUUCUGUUCAUCAAAGGAAAAACGGGAUAUAACUCUAACUCAGUGCAUUAAAUACGAAAACUCCCGAUAGUUCCGAAUGUCAACUCGAAGUGAGUGAAAAACGUUGCAGGAGAAAGUGUUGAAUUCUUCUUUAAUAUGAAUCAAAUUUUUGGAUGAGAGGUAUUUACAGUUUCAAAAUGGUUUAUUAUGAAUAAUUUGACUGUUACAUUUUCAAUGUAGCUUCAUUAAUUUUCUCCAAAAUCGUUUCGGAUCGAUUCUGCAAUUUUUUGCUACAUUACGAGUAUAUGGGAGGCAUUUUAACUGUGGUUUAGGCCUGUCCCGAGACACACAUUAUUCUAACUAAGCAGAGUGUAGUGAAAUUAAAAGCAUUAUAAUAAUUGUAGGCUUAAAGCUUAUUAUGUAAAUGGGAACAAUACGGUGUGUCGAUGUAUCUAUUUCGUAAAUGUCCGAUAUCAUAUACGAUGUCAACCCGUGCACGCACGGGUCAAAGUCUAGUACAUCUUCAAUAUUUACAAUCUUUGGAGUGGAAUCGGUAGAGUUGUGAACAGUAAAUUAAGUGAUUUAUUAAUAUUAUUUUAUCUUAAAUAGCACUGUCUGGAUUUGAUACAAUUCAAAUUGUGGAUGGUUUCUCUUUGAAAGUAUAUAUUUGCGGAGGAAGGUGUAAAUGCA